AUAUGCAAACACUGAAGCCGGCACACGCAUUUUUUGUAAAUUAAAAUGAUUUACGUUUGUCUUUACCAGGAUGGCAUUAGCGACAUAGCUAAAUUUAUUCAAAAGGCUGAAUCGAACAAAUAUGAUUGUGUUGCUAUACCAAUCAAUGCAAAUAUGCUGCCCAUGGAUCCAAUCGAAACGGAUCCCACUUAUCCGGCCACCGUGUUGAAAGGCGAAGAGUGGAUCAACAAGGUGAUAAUUCAACUAUCCGACGUUGAUGUGGAUUCGCCAAAUUCCAAGCUACGUGAAUAUUCCAAAGCCAUGCUACUACGCGAUAUCACAUGGGCGGAGCACUUGCAGAUUAGUGGCAGCGUUAUGAUUCGCCUGCGAGGCCCAAAAGUUGAGAAUCUAGCCGAGAUUAUACAAAAACACAAGAAAGGUUGCUGGUUUAUUCAGGUACCUAUUACAAAUCCUGAGAUGGCUACUUUUGAGCAUCGAAAAGACGCAACGGAAACGGAAAUGGAAGAGGCACAACAAGUCGAUCCAUGGAGUUGGUGGAACAAUUUACGGUUUGCCGUUAAUCACUCUGCUAGAGUGAAGUGUGUUUUGGAGCUAAAUGAUUCGGAUCGUCCUAGUCGUGAGACUGUGCGCCGUUGGCUUGGCGAGCCCAUUGAGGCUAUUAUAAUUCCAUCAAGUCUAUUUAUAUUAAAUCGUUCCAACUACUAUGUGCUGCAAAAGGAGUGGCAGGUAAUAGUGGGCCACUUCAUCUCAAUGCGUGUUAAAAUCAUAAUCUCCGCAAACCCCACUGACAAGGCUAUUUCCCAGUAUGCGGAGUACGCAAAGAAACUGAUUACCGAUAAUAGCGAUAAUCACGACUUAAUUAGCUAUGAAAAUGAACUGGAAACUCCUCUGCAGCCGCUGUUUGAUAAUUUAGAUACUUAUACUUAUGAAAUCUUUGAAAACGAUCCAGUAAAAUACAAAUUGUAUCAGGAUGCCAUUCAGCAGGCGCUCCUCGAUCGUGUCAGCGAUGAGGAAGCCAAAACCAAACUGACUGUGAUUAUGGUGCUAGGCGGUGGACGUGGUCCUUUGGCACGUGCUGCAUUCAAUGCAGCAGAGAAAACCAAACGCAAAGUCCGUGUCUAUAUUAUUGAGAAAAAUCCCAGCGCUAUUCGCACACUUUCCAACAUGGUGAAGAUUCUCUGGUCCAAUAAGGAUGUGCACAUAUUCUCCAAGGACAUGCGUGACUUUUCGCCGCCUGAAUUGGCUGACAUACUUGUCUCCGAGCUGCUUGGCUCCUUUGGCGACAACGAGCUGUCGCCCGAGUGUCUUGAUGGUGCAUUGAAACUGCUGAAAGACGAUGGCAUCAGCAUUCCCUGCAAGUCUACUUCCUACAUCAAUCCAAUUAUGUCCGCUGUGCUGCACCAUAAACUAUGCGAAUCAACAAGUGCCUCCGUCUUCCACUGUGGGCAUGUGGUGCUGACGAAGAACUCUUACGACAUUGAUGUGCCGAAGGCGCUGUUUGAGUUUAAGCAUCCCAAUCGUGAUAAUGUCAUUGAUAAUACGCGCUACAAGGAGCUCUCAUUUACGGUUCAGCAGGAUUGUGUUAUGCACGGCAUUGGCGGCUACUUUGACACUGUGCUCUACAAGGACAUUGUUUUAAGCAUCAAUCCACUGACGCAUACGCAGGGCAUGUUUUCAUGGUUUUCCAUGUACUUCCCGACGCAACCCCGCACUGUCCUGGCAGGGGAUAAAAUAUCCAUCAAGUUCUGGCGCUGCGUGGAUCCAGACAAGGUCUGGUACGAAUGGCAGAUAAGUGCUCCCUUUGAGAGCGAGCGACACAACGUGAACGGUGUCGGCUAUAACAUGCGGUUAUAGGUCUGAUUAUCCGCAAUAUUUUACAAGGGUCUUAAUUGUUAGUUUAAGUAAUAAUUAUUUGAAACAAAUAGAAACACUAGAAUAAA